AUGUCAUCGGUAAAGUCUAAGUCGAGUAGUAUUACCUUUGUAAGUGAACAGAGUUCGUCUACGCCUAAGAAUACAUACGCUGGCCAGGUUUUUGACGGCUUGUUUCACGGCUCAGGAACUUUUUAUUACAAUGAUUUUGAACGUUAUGAGGGUGAUUUUGUGCUUGGGAAGCGUGAAGGUCGUGGCAAAUUUUACUAUGCAGAUGGCUCAAUUUAUGAUGGCGAAUGGCUGAACGAUAAAAUCAAUGGUCAUGGAGUCGCAUAUUUCUCAUCUGGAAACUUUUAUGAUGGUAACUGGGAAAAUGGCCGUAUAAAUGGAUAUGGAACAUUGAAAUAUGCGAAUGGUGAUGUGUACGAGGGUGACUGGUUAGAUGGUGCUAUGCACGGUCAUGGUACUUACAAGUACAGUGAGGGUGACAUUUACGUAGGUCAAUGGAGGCAGGACAAACGCCACGGAAAGGGCACCAUGACUUACGUUGACAAGCUUGGAAAACCCUGUGAAAAGUACGAAGGAGAUUGGGUUGACAAUAUUAUGAACGGAAAAGGCAUUUACAAAUAUAGCGAUGGGAGCUAUUAUGAUGGUGAUUGGUGUAAUGGGAAAAUGCACGGUACUGGGAAAUAUGUUUAUGCUGAUGGUAAUAAAUAUGAGGGUGAAUGGGUUGAAGACACUAAGCAAGGGUUUGGAAUAUUGAUUUAUUCUAAUGGAGAGAAAUAUGAAGGGUUUUGGCAAAAUGACAAGUGCCACGGUUCUGGCAUAUUAUUUUAUUCUACCAAUGAUAAAUAUAACGGCGAAUGGGUUGAUGGUAAAAAAAAUGGACCUGGCGAAAUUAUAUACGUCAAUGGUGAUCGCUUUAGAGGGAAUUGGGAAGAUGACCAUGCAAAUGGUCAUGGGAUUUAUGAAUACUCAAAUGGUAAUCGCUAUGAAGUAUUAUUGGUAGUAGUUGGUAGUUUUAGUAGGGUUGUAAUUUGUGUAGGUGAUUGGGUGAUGGAUAAGAGGCAUGGAACCGGUACAUUUUUUUGUAAGCAGGACUCGUCAACCUACAGGGGUGGGUUCGUUAACGGGAAGAAAGAAGGUUACGGUACUCUUACGCUCGGCUGCGGUCACAUUGUCCAUGGAGUAUGGCACUAUGGUUCACUCGUCUCAAUCGACAACUUUGAAAUUUCACCCACUUCACCGUGGAAUAAUCCUGACCUUUAA